GGCUGGAGGACCGAAUGGCAGCUUUUACGCAGAGGGCUGUCUCACCUGCUGAAACGCACUUGACCAUUCAGCACAACAGAGCCAUCUCGCGCUCUCACCUCCAAUUAAUAUCCACGCCUGCGAGGUCAGCGCUUCGUUUUCGCUUCUUCGGGUUUGUUUUGCUGUGUCUCCUGCUUCCUUCGGAUGCGACGAGCCUGGUUAUCCUACCAUGCCCCCUGCGUAUGGAUCGUCUCUGCCCGAGUAGGCGAACAAAGCGCAUCAAGUCUCUCCAGAGAGCUGCCUCCCCCCAAAAUCAGGGAUUUUUGUCUGUAAGUAGGCUGCUCAGGAUAACCAUUUGGCAUCGUCGCUUGUUUUUCCUGUUGUUAGGCUGCCUUGUGUCUAAUUCACUUGGAAAGAACACGCUAUUAAAGAUGGAUACGCUUUUUCUUAGCCCGACGGAUAGGCAUUUAAUUUAGGGAACACCCGAUCCCACUGUUGGACAAAAAUAAUGGCAAGAUUUUGGAUAGCGCCGGACACGUUAUUGGUUUCCUGGGAGUAGAACAGGCCUGUGUCGAUGCUCGAAAACAAACAAAACAGCCCAGCGUACAUACAGACAUUUUAUUUCCCAAGGCGUAAAUUACUAUAUGUCCAAAAUACAUCCGUGCACUGAUCAAAUAUACUGACGAGCACCCUCACCGACAGCGACUAUGGAGCACACCGGGAUCGAGGAGGUGAACCAGACGCACCAGCAGCAGCAUGAGCCCAUCAGCUUCGGGAUCGACCAGAUCCUCAACAGCUCAGAUCAGUCCAGCGGCUGCAUGCUGCCCAACCGGACCGGCGACCCGGAUUACGCGCUGGCCCCCAACGUCUACAGCAACGGGUACAACAGCGUCUACAACCCGGCCUGCUCCAUGGCGGCGGGUCUGGCCGGCUCCUACAACGUCAACAUGAACAUGAACGUCAGUAUGAACAUGAAUAUGAACGUUAACGUGAACUCCGGAGGCGCAGGUGGGGUGAUUCGGGUGCCGGCGCACAGACCCAUGCCUCCUCCGCCGCCGCCGCCCGCCGCCGCCGCGCCUCAUCCGCCCCCUUCGACGCAUCCGCCGGGCAUCGGACCCGGCAUCCCCUCGGUGCCCGGGAUGGGGAUGGGGAACGCAGCGAACUUCACCUUUCCGUGGAUGGAGAGCAGUAGGAGGUUUGCCAAGGACAGAUUAACAGGGGAGCAGGCAGAGGAGAGCCGAGCCGGAGAGGCCACAGGGGGCCCGGGGGCCGCCGGGUCCCUCUGUCCUCUCCCCAAGGGAGACAUCGGCAGGGUCCCUGUCUGGAGCACGGUGGAGACAUUAGCCAAAUGCUAUUACCCCGAGCUUGCUCACCUGCGAGACGGCAAUGGCCUUCUAGCAGACUAUCCCUUUCCAAAGGGGGCUUGCCCAGCUGCCCUGUCGCCCUUCUCUGUGACCCGUCGUAUCGGCCACCCGUACCAGAACCGGACGCCGCCAAAGAGGAAAAAGCCUCGCACCUCUUUCAGCCGGGUGCAGAUCUGCGAGCUGGAGAAGCGUUUUCACCGGCAGAAGUACCUGGCAUCGGCUGAGCGCGCCACGUUGGCCAAAGCCCUGAAGAUGACGGAUGCACAAGUUAAGACCUGGUUUCAGAACAGACGGACAAAAUGGCGGAGACAGACUGCAGAGGAGAGAGAGGCCGAGAGGCAGCAGGCCAACCGGCUGAUGCUGCAGCUUCAGCAGGAAGCUUUCCAGAAGACGUUGAGCCAGCCGCUGCAGCCGGACCCGCUCUGCCUGCACAACUCCUCCCUCUACGCCCUGCAGAACCUGCAGCCCUGGGCAGAAGACAAUAAGGUGACCUCCGUCACCUCCGUGGCAUCUGUAGUGUGAGCGUGCAUGAGUGUGUGUGUGUUUAGAAGAGAGAGAGAGGAGGGAGGGGAAAAGACAGAGGGAGGGGCGAAGCUGAGUCGUCAGUGUGAAUGGACAAAAGACAGGAAUUUCUUCGAGUCUGUCUCUCACGUGUCUGACGUUCAGAAACUCAGCACCAUUUUGGGAUAUCGUAGAUACGGGAGAAUGAUGCUGACUUUGGAAACAAACAAAAAAAAUAACAUUUUGAAUGGACGUUGUGUUUCCUCGCUCAUUGAUCGUUACCAGCAACAUGGUGUGGGAGCGUUUUGUAGAGAGACAGCUUUCUGUUACUGCCGAGGCCUACAAAACACUGUGUGCAGACUUCGCAGCUCAGGAGCCGCACUUACAUUGCUGUUUGUCAGAAUUAAGCAAGUCUACAAGUGUUAUCUUAAAUAUUUAAAGUAUGUUAAGUCAUUUCCUGCCUCACACCAAGUUUCCGCUUUCC